UAAUGGCGUCCAACCCCAACCUCAAAUAUUCCGUUUCUUGGUGAUGCUACCGACGACUUUGUAUCUUGGCUAUGGGAUAUUCUCUCUGAAGAUUUCAAUGAUACGAAUGCAAAUAGAGCUCCUCCGAUUCGGAGAACGUCGCCGGUCCAAAUUCCUCUGAGGCUGAUGAUGUUUCUUCCAAUAUCCAGUCGCAAGAUUCUGGGUCAGGAUCAGUUCCUCGUUACCAGCUUCCGGUCUUAACCAACACUUUGGCUGGGGAAACUAAUGCGCUUGCCUCGGCACUUCCUUGCAAAUCUAAGGAAAACUUUAGAGCAACAUGUUCAUUUGGAAAUAAUCCAGAUGGUUCCCUGUAUAUGUGUUCAUUUAAAACAAAGGCAUCUGCUGAAGUAUUGCUCCCAUAUGAGCAAAACCUGCAAUAUCCGAAGGGCCAUCGGACAACCCCACCAUUAAAUCAUUCUCAGGAGACCAAUGUUGGUGGGAGGAGGGUCUUUUCCAGGGCAGCUGGUGCAACCUUCAAUCAGAAUGGAAUCAGACCUGGCAGUGUUUGGGAUAGAUUGGGAAAGCCGACUGAAAAUGACACUCCUGUGAAGCAUGUAAAUGGAUGUGCAAAUAUGAAGAGGCGAAUGUUGGAAAGGAAUUUGCAAUGGAUUGGCCAAAAUACAUGGCUUCCUUCUGUUCUAGAUGGUGAAGUCAAAAACAAUCUGUCACAGAAUUGUAAUGUGAAAACUUAUAGAAGCAAUGGUUGUAGACAGAGGCAAUUAAAUGAUUUCAUUCGUCUUUCUUCUACCACUUCUGAUACUUGGGAUCAUGAGGAAGAAAACUUCAGGAAAUUUACUGUAGAACCUGAGAAUUACACUUGUAUGCUCAAAGAGAGUGAUAUCUCCAUACCAGAAAUAACAUCUCAAGAUAAGUUGGGCGUUGGCACGGAAGAUCUAGAUUCUACUCAGACACAGAUUUCUGACGGUGCUUUUCCAGCGGAAACUGGAGGAUUUGGGGCUGUCCAAGCUUGUAAGGAAAUACCUACUCGGAAAAGCGAUCAGUUUCCUUCAUGA